AUGGAUUUGUCUGCACCGUCGCGCACGAAGGUGGGCGCUGAUUUCAAAACAGACCCGAUGGCAAAAGCGCAAAAGGGAUUCUUCUCGAGCCUCUUUUCGCGCUCAUCCCAGGGGUCUGCUAAAUCCGUGACUCGACGACCCAGUGUACCAGAAGCACUAUCUGAUACUGCUAGGGAACCACCUGCGCACAAUCUAACGCGGAAAAAAUCCGCUCCGCAGGAUUCGAAGCAGAAUCCUCAUCAAAGCAAAGCUAGAGCUGUUCCCAACGUCCCUCAUUUCAAGUCGAUCAAAGACAAUAUUCGGGAACUUGGGCUCACAGCCCCUGUUGUCCUCACGCAGCCCCAAGUUGCGGGCAGUGGAACAGUGUCGUCCCAGUUUGACAGGGCGGCGUCUCCUGAGGCGGACAUGUUUUUCGUGCGCUCGCUAUCGCGCAAUACGAACCCCACCUUUUCUCGAGGAAACGUAUCUACGGUAUCAGAUCCCGCUGUUGAUAUUGAGCAGCCAAUUAUGGAUAUCACCUCUGGGGAUGCACAAUUUGCUCAUUCAUCUUCCUUGGCAGCGAGCUGUUCGGGUCCGUCCAGUGACCGGGCUGGUCAGAUGGGUCUAGUCGAGACGAUCGAAGUUAUCUCGUCUACAGCUCCUGACACAGCCCCGCCGUCCGUUGCAAAUGGCAGUAACCCUUCCAACAGAGAACCACCUGUCCCAUCGUCCCGAUCAAUAACAAGUGGCCCAUCUACUUCACAGUCAAAGCACAGUCGUACCCCUUCAUCUACUCAUCCGGGGAGGCCUCAGAAAGCACCCAGCGCCUCGGGCGAGAGCGGGCGAGCUUCUGUUGCCUCCAGACGCAAUCAGCCUUACGUUGCUGUAGCGCCAGCUUCCUUGUUCCAUGUAGAUGAGGGAUUUUUUGGUCGUCCCAAGAUACCUCCGCCACUUAAGAUCAUUCCGAAGAAGAACAAAACACACCAACGAACACAAACAGCUCCUGCCUCUCCUCCACCCACAAUCGUGACUCACGAGCGCCCUCUUACGCGAGCGGCAUCUAUGCGCUCCCACACGACACAUCAGACGCCAGUUCGGCGAGCCCCGGCGACCGAGCCGGUGGGAUUUUUCCCCGUACCCAAUGUUUUGACUUCUGGAAAAGCUGUGGCCCGUGCCCGGAGUCCAUCCAUUCCUUCACCUUGCAGCAGAACGGUGUCCCCCAUUCUACCUCCGUCCUCACCAGACAUUGAGCUUGGAAUACCAGGACCGCUACCCACAGACGCCCAAACGCUCGACCAACAUAUAUUAUCCCGGAUCAACACACAAACGACAGUCGCUACACACCAUACCCAGUGGUCCGCCGCCUCAACCCCUGAGUCAUCCCGUGCCAAAUGGACGUGGACUCCUCCCGAAAGCUGGUCAGGUCCUCCCUCAGCUGUUUCCUCGGCUGACAGCGGGGAUAGACCGCCUAGCAGGUUCUCUAAAAUGGCUCGCUUACGCAGACCAAAGAGCACAUCUCGGUCUGUUAGCUCGGUAUCGAGCAUGAAGCCUCCCUAUUCACAUCCAAACACGUCGUCGCCAACCCUCACCUAUACCACCACCACAACACUUGGAAAGGGGCCUAUGCCUUACAUAGUGAAAGAGGAGAGUGAUAGCCCCGGUGUCAUCGUCAAGAUGCAGGGACAUGAAGGUCACUGGGAGGAGGCGGCGCUGAAAGAUGUCAUUCCUCACUUGAGGGAAUUGAAGAGUCGCCCUCUGUCGGAUUAA